AUGGAAUUUUACUUUACAUUGACUAAGAAGCUAAGUAAAUAUACUUGGAGUGUCCAGACGUUUAAAAUGAAUGAACCAAAUGGCGUCGGACCAACCUUCGCAGAUGCUUGUGAUGAUGGUGAACUUAUCAGUAUCUGUUGCCUUUGUGGAAAGACAUUCAGUAGCCAAAGUCUUUUACACAAACACUUUGAAUUAAUGCAUGAAGGUACAGAGAUAGAUACUGAACAAUAUGAUCUGAGUGGAUUUGCUGCUAUGGGAAAUGAACAAGGCCGCAAAAGUAAUGGAGAAGAAGAUCCAAAUUUCCGAGUUUUAAAUUGUGCAUUCUGCAAUAAAGUGUUUACCAAACACUGUAAUCUAAACACACACAUCAAAGCAGUGCAUAAAGGUGUAAAGCCUUUCGAAUGUACAUACUGUUAUAAAGGUUUUACUCGAAACUCUGAUCUUCAUAAACAUAUUGAUGCCGUUCAUAAAGGUCUUAAACCAUUUGGAUGUGAGAUAUGUCAGCGAAAUUUCUCUCAAAAGUCAAGCUUAAAGCGGCACAUAGAAGCUAUCCAUGAAGAUCCUCGGCAUCGCUGA